AUGUCUAUCGACUUGAAAAAAAGAAAAGUUGAAGAAGGUGUAAGAAGUAAAGGGAAAAAUUCUAAAGUAUUUUCCCCAUUCAGGAUUAUUGGUAAUGUUAGUAAUGGUAUUCCUUUUGCUACUGGUACGUUGGGCUCUACCUUCUACAUUGUAACAAGUGUUGGAAAUACAUUUCAAAUAUACGAUGCGAAUACCUUACAUUUACUUUUUGUUUCCGAGAAAGAAACACCAUCUCCAAUUGUAGCAUUAUCUGCACACUUUCACUACGUGUACGCAGCAUAUGAAAACAAGGUUGGUAUUUACAAGAGGGGUGUUGAAGAACAUUUGCUUGAAUUAGAAACUGACGCAAGUGUCCAGCAUUUGUGCGUAUUUGGUGAUUAUCUUUGCGCUUCCACCGAUGACAAUUCCAUUUUUAUAUUCAAGAAGUCCGAUUCGCAAGAUAAAUACCCAUCAGAAUUCUAUACUAAACUUACCGUUGCUGAAAUUCAAGGUGGCGAAAUUGUGUCUUUACAACAUUUGGCAACUUAUUUGAAUAAAUUAACUGUGGUUACCAAAUCCAACGUUUUGCUUUUCAACGUCAGAACUGGGAAGCUUGUUUACACAUCGAACGAAUUUCCCGACCAAAUUACGACCGCUGAACCAGCACCAGUCCUGGAUAUCAUUGCCCUAGGUACGAUUACCGGUGAGGUUAUUAUGUUUAAUAUGAGAAAAGGUAAGAAAGUCCGCACAAUUAGGAUUCCGCAAUCAAGAGUCUCAUCAUUGAGUUUUAGGACCGAUGGUUCUUCCCAUUUAAGUGUAGGAACAAGCAGUGGUGAUCUAAUCUUCUAUGAUUUGGACCGUCGUUCAAGAAUACAUGUUCUGAAAAACAUUCACAGAGAAUCAUACGGUGGUGUCACUGAGGCUACUUUUUUGAAUGGUCAACCUAUUAUUGUUACAUCAGGUGGUGACAAUUCGCUAAAAGAAUACGUCUUCGACCCGUCAUUAUCCCAGGGAAGCGGUGAUGUAGUUGUUCAACCACCAAGAUAUUUACGUUCCAGAGGGGGCCAUUCUCAGCCACCUUCCUGCAUUGCGUUUGCUGAUUCCCAAUCACACUUCAUGCUAUCAGCAUCCAAAGAUAGAUCACUUUGGGCCUUUUCUCUGCGUAAAGAUGCACAAUCACAAGAAAUGUCUCAAAGAUUACACAAGAAGCAAGAUGGCGGCAGGGUAGGUGGUAGUACAAUCAAAGCUAAGUUUCCUGAAAUAGUAGCGCUUGCAAUUGAAAAUGCUAGAAUAGGUGAAUGGGAAAAUAUUGUCACUGCACAUAAGGAUGAAAAAUUUGCAAGAACCUGGGAUAUGCGAAAUAAAAGAGUUGGUAGGUGGACUUUUGGUACUACUGAUGAUGGAUUUGUUAAGUCUGUGGCCAUCUCUCAAUGUGGUAAUUUUGGAUUUGUCGGAUCCUCUAAUGGUUCCAUUACCAUUUAUAAUAUGCAAAGUGGUAUACUCCGUAAAAAGUAUAAAUUGCACAAAAGGGCAGUUACCGGUAUAGCCUUAGACGGUAUGAAUCGUAAAAUGGUUUCUUGUGGACUAGAUGGUAUCGUUGGUUUUUAUGACUUCAACAAGUCAACAUUGUUGGGUAAAUUGAAAUUGGAUGCUCCUAUUACCUCAAUGGUCUAUCAUCGUUCUUCUGAUCUAUUUGCUUUGGCUUUAGACGACUUAUCAAUUGUGGUUAUUGACGCAGUUACUCAAAGGGUUGUCCGUCAAUUAUGGGGUCAUAGUAACAGGAUCACUGCAUUUGAUUUCUCUCCUGAAGGCCGUUGGAUUGUUUCUGCUUCUCUAGAUUCCACCAUUAGGACUUGGGAUCUUCCAACCGGAGGAUGCAUCGAUGGUAUCAUAGUAGAUAAUGUUGCCACAAAUGUAAAGUUUUCUCCAAAUGGUGAUUUGCUUGCCACUACACAUGUUACCGGUAAUGGUAUAUGUAUCUGGACCAACAGAGCGCAAUUCAAGGCAGUCUCGACCAGAACUAUCGAUGAGUCUGAAUUUGAAAGAAUGGCCUUACCUAGCACAUCUGUUAGGGGGAAUGACUCGAUGCUGUCGGGGGCUUUAGAAAGCAAUGAAGGAGAAGACCUAAAUGAUAUUGAUUUCACCACUUAUACAUCAUUGGAACAGAUCGAUAAGGAUCUGUUGACAUUAUCUAUAGGACCGAGAAGUAAGAUGAACACAUUGCUUCAUUUGGACGUUAUCAGACAACGUUCUAAGCCAAAGGAAGCUCCAAAGAAAUCAGAAAAGCUUCCAUUUUUCUUACAACUAUCUGGAGAAAAGGUUGGAGAUGAAGCCUCUGGAAGAGAAGGUAUAGCACAUGAAACACCAGAAGAAAUCCAUCGCAGGGAUCAAGAAGCACAAAAGAAGUUAGAUGCAGAAGAGCAAAUGAAUAAAUUUAGAGUCACAGGAAGGUUAGGAUUUGAAUCACAUUUUACAAAGCAAUUACGAGAGGGUUCACAAUCUAAUGACUAUUCAUUAUUGCUGGCUACACUAAUAAACCUCUCGCCUGCCGCAGUGGAUUUAGAGAUAAGAUCAUUGAAUUCCUUUGAGCCAUUUGAUGAAAUUGUAUGGUUCAUCGAUGCGUUAACACAAGGAUUGAAGAGCAAUAGGAAUUUUGAACUCUAUGAAACGUUUAUUAGUUUACUGUUCAAGGCACACGGCGAUGUUAUUCACGCCAACAACAAGAAUCAAGAUAUUGCCAUUGCUCUUCAAAAUUGGGAGAAUGUACAUAAGAACGAAGAUAGAUUGGAUGAUCUUGUCAAGUUUUGCAUGGGAGUGGCAAAUUUUGUCACCACCGCGUAA